UCUCUCUCCGCGCUUCUGUUGCUGCUGCCGCUGGAGCUGAAGCUGCAGCUGCUCCUCUCGCUAAAAACCAACCCCCCAACCGCCUCUCCCCUCUCCUCUCCUCUCCCCCUCGCAUUUGCAGUUGCAGAGCAAGAAGCAGAGAGAGAAGAAGAGGAAGCAGAGGAGGAGGAGUCCAAGAAUUGAAGCAGGAGAAGAGGAGGUGGUGGUUUGAUUCAAGAAGAAGGAGAAGAGCAAGAGCAAGGAUGUUGCGAGGAGGGACGAGCUUGCUGGGGAUCGUCAACUUCGUGACGUUCCUGAUCUCGAUCCCGAUCCUGGGGGGAGGAAUCUGGCUGGCGUCGAGGGCCAACUCCACCGACUGCAUCCGCUUCCUGCAGUGGCCGAUCAUCGCCAUCGGGCUCGCCGUCAUGGUGGUGUCCCUCAUGGGGUUCGCGGGGGCGUGCUACCGCCAGACGUGGCUGCUCCGCCUCUACCUCUUCGCCAUGUUCUUCAUCGUCGUCGCCCUCCUCUUCUUCAUCGUCUUCGCCUUCGCCGUCACCGACCGCGGCGACGGCCAGGUGGUGAUGAACCGGCGGUUCCUCGAGUACCAGCUCUCCGACUACAACGGAUGGCUCCGCGACCGCGUCGCCGACCCCGCCUACUGGGCCACCAUCAGCGCCUGCCUCCGCGACGGCCGCGCCUGCGCCGCCAUGCGCCGCUUCGCCCGCGACCCCAACACCGGCAUGCUCGUCCCCGAGACCCCCUCCAUGUUCUACGCCCGCGACCUCUCCCCCAUCCAGUCUGGAUGCUGCAAGCCACCAACAUCGUGUGCAUACAACUAUGUUAACGAAACGUUCUGGACCGCAAACCCUGGCGUUCCGACCGUCGUGAAUGAUGUGGACUGCAGCAAGUGGAGCAAUGACCAGCAGACGCUUUGCUUCCAGUGUGACUCCUGCAAGGCAGGCGUCCUCGCUGGCAUCAAGAAGAGCUGGCGUAAGGUUGCCAUCCUCAACAUCGUCGUGCUGAUCAUCCUCGUCAUCGUGUAUGUUGCUGGCUGUGCCGCUUUCCGCAACGCCAGGAGGAUCGAAAACGACGAGCCGUUUGGUAUGGCAAGGAUGACCAAGACUCAACCUAGCAGGUUCCAGUUCUGAGAUAGUGAAGAACUGGGAGCCUUUGCCCCUUUGCCUGUACAAAAAGACCACAAUUGGUGGUGCUAAGGCUCUGUCUGAAUCUCUUAUAUAUUAUUUACUGGAAUGUGGAAUCAGCUACACUUUGGGUGGUGAAAAAGGAAAGUAGUUCUUGUUUCAGAAUGUUCAGUCUGGUUUGGUUUUGUGCUUGCUAUAGUGUUUAGGGUUAGGUCUGUUGUGUACUGGGUACAAGAUGAGAUCUGCAAGAAACAAGAGUAGUUCCCUCAUUUAGCAAUGUAUUGUGCUGUACCAUUGGAGAUUUUGAUUUGGCAUAAUCUUAGAUGAAUAUGUUAUCAUCAUGUACAUGAUGAAUGUAUUGCUCUGUAGUUCCUUC